GACCUUCAUGGUUAUGAACCCAACCGAUUCCGUGUAUUCCUUCCAGUGGACUUGCCAAGACCCUGAAGCUCCGUCAGAACGGGUGGCUUUCUUCUGCCUCACAGAGAGAGGUCAGAUCCAGCCAGGGAAGAAAGCAGAGAUGAAGUUUGAAUUCAUCCCCCAGCACCUGGAUAUCACAGAAUCAUUCUGGGUCUUUACAAUCCCUGAGCAGAGCAUUUCGGUCCCGUUCCUCUUGGUGGGCAACACCACCGACCCGCUAGUGACUCUGGACAGAUCCCACCUGAACUUCCACUUGGUGUUAACUGUCGUCUUCACACCAACACUAGAAGGAGAGGCAGUCUUCAACCUCAAGUGUGAUCUCAAGAGGAAGACUCAGCCCCUCUCCCUGAAUAUCAAGGCCACCAGCUAUAGCAUGAACAUGUCUGUCAGGUGCGAGGACAGCAACGGCCAUGUCACCAAGCUCAGCACGGAGAAGGUCAACAUCAUUGAUUUCAAGGAGGUACAGCUGAACGAGAACAUCAAGCGUGUCUUCAGUAUCUGCAAUAACAGCAAGUUCAGCUUCACCUUCUCAUGGGAACUGAGUGGCCCUGCAGCCCGUAAGCAGGUCCUUACCAUCACCCCUCGGACAGGCACCGUGUGGGCAGAAGGGAAAGCAGAGACGCAGCUGGCUUUUCACCCACAGAAGAUGUGCUCUUUAAAGGGCGUAGAGCUGAAGCUGCAGAUCAGCAAGGGUCCCACGUUUACCUGCAUGUUCCUGGCCACCGUGGUAGUGCCCCCUGUCCACUUCUCCACCACCAGACUCAACUUUGGAGCCUGCUUUGUCUACCACGCUGGGAUGCCACCUGCCCAGCAGACUGUUGUCAUCACAAACAAAGCAGACAAGGAUGUGAGCUUGAACUGCUUGUUCACCAGCACUGCACACCUGGAGGUGGACUUCCCAGGGUCUGUCCUAUGCCCAGGAGGGACAGUGGAGGUGCCCAUCACUUUUUAUCCCAGAGAGGUUGUGUCUUACCACGAGCUCAUCCCGUUUGAAAUCAAUGGUCUUUGCCAGCAGACUGUUGAGGUCCGAGGAAAGGGCACAGAAAUGAAGGUUGAUGUUGUGGAACCAGCAGGAAAGGUGGUGAAACUGGGAGCCCUCUCCAUUGGACAGAUGGUGAAGAAGAUUGUCACCAUAGCAAACAACAGUGCUGUCCCUCUCACUUUUAAGCUCAGUCUUAUGUCCACCACACCAGAGCUGCAAGAAGCUGGGGUUCUCUGCUUGAACCCCACCAGCAAACUAAGUCUGAAGCCCAAAGGAGACACCUGUAAAGUGGAGGUGACCUUCUCCCCGAAGCGUCGCAUCCAGCCAUUCAACGAAGAAGUGAUGUUGGAGUGCAGUGGCCUGGUGCGCUCCCUCUUCAUGGUGCAGGGCUCCUGCCGGGGCAUCUGUGUGAGCUUGGACCAGGAACACCUCAGCUUUGGAGUGGUGAUGCAGCAGAGCUACACGUCCCAGCACAUCAUCAUGCAGAACAUAGGCGACAUAGGAGUCAAGUUUAAGUGGGACACGGAGAGCUUCAAGCCAGAUUUCUCCAUCAGCCCCACAAAGGGUUACAUCUCUCCAGGAAUGGAUGUCCCCUUCACUGUGACCUUCUGCCCUUCUAAGCUGAGCCAUGCUAUCCAGUAUGAGGGCCUGCGGUGUUUCAUCCAGGGCAGUCAGCCGCUCCGGCUUACACUGUCAGGAUGCUGCAGGGAGACCCCUGUGACCAAAGAGACACUGACUUUCACAUGCAACGUGCGUGAGAAGCACAGCCAGACCAUCCUCCUUUCCAACCCAAGCAACAAAGCCUGGACUGUGCAACCUGUCAUUGAGGGGGAACACUGGAAGGGGCCUGAAUUUUUCCAUCUGGAGGCAAAUCAACAAAAAAAGCCCUACAAGAUCACCUACAAACCUCUAACCAUGAGCUGUGAGAAUAAUAAGCAUCAGGGCUCCAUCUUCUUCCCAUUGCCGGAUGGGACAUGCUUGUACUACCUCCUGCAAGGGACUGCUGAGGCCCCCAAGUGUUCAGGGACCAUUUUCCGGCAGGUUUCAUGUAGGACUUCCUACACUGAGCUCAUCCCUGUCUCCAACUGGCUGAACAAACCACAGAGGUUCCUCGUGGCAGUGGACAUACUCAAACCAGAAAACCUGGAAAGCAGUUCUGUGAUGCAGGGGCUAGAAUAUAUUGAUGUACCAGGCUCUGCCAAGAAGGACUACAAGCUCACAUUCCUCUCCUACAAGGAAGGAGUUUUUAACACAACGGUGACCUUCCUCAAUGAGGCGACCAAGGAGUACCUGUUCUACAUGGUGACUUUCAAGGCCACCACUUCGGGACCCAUCAGCACUGUUGAAAUGACCACCGCUGUUCGACAGAGAGUGUCUUCCACUGUCAAGGUGGACAACCCUCUGCCUGUCCCAGUGACAUUUGCCGUAGAUUGCAAAGUGCCUGACGUCAAUGUUCCCCAGCAUUUCACGGUUCCUGCGCAAUCAGAGGCUGACCUCAUCUUUGAGUACCAGCCCCUGAAAAUGGGUGAGAGCACCGGAUGCCUGGUGCUCCAGAGCAGCGACUUGGGCUCUCUCUACUACAACUUGCACCUGAAAGCCACUGCAAGCAGGCCCGAGAAGCCCCUCUACUUCUGUACCACGCUGGGCUGUAGUCAGGCCAUCACGACAAAAAUCAUUAAUUAUGCCAAGCAGAAGACAGAUUACCUCCUCCAGACCAACUGCAAGGACUUCCAGACAGAGAAAACCGUCACCAUGGCCCCCGCCAGCCCGGGGGGCUCGGAAGUGAGCGUGGAGGUGACCUACGAGCCCUGCCAGCUGGGCGAAAGCAGGGCCACGCUGAAGCUCUCCUCGCCACUUGGGGAGGAUUACAGUAUCCCCCUCUUUGGCCUCGCCCUCCCGCCCAAGCCCCAGGGCCCCUUCCCUAUCAAGGCCGGCAGCACCACCUCCAUCCCCUUCAAAAACAUCUUC